AUGGGUGAUUUGGUAUUGCCUACAUACGAGCAAAUCAAAAGCUCUAAGGUACGAAUGGGAUUCCUAAUGUAUGCGUUGAGAAUUACUGGGCUGAUGUAUAAACACAAGGUCAAUGAAGGUUGGGAACGGCCGUUGAGGGCAGCGAGAGCCGGGAUUUUGAUUAUUGUGGGUAAGAUUUUUUAAAAUUUUAUAUUUAAAAUAUACAUUCUUAAUAUUGACUUUAGAGAUUAUUUGAUAAUACAUAAUGUACAAAUACAAAUAUAUGAUUACAGAAGUGAUUUCUAUUUUUUUAGUCUUCUUACACUUGUUAAACAACUUUUGGCAAGUAUUCGAAUUCGAAAUGGUACACAAAGAACGUUCACUGGUCAUCUUUUUCUGGUUACUUCAGUCUUUUAUGUCUAUGGUAACUUUCUUAACUUAUUUUUAAAAAAUUUUAAUUAAUUUAAAGUAGCACUUGCUUUGUCACAAUAUGUAGUUUGAAAUUAUCGUUUAUAGUACUCAAUAGUACUAAAUAAGAAAACUGAUAAAGAAAUAUAUUUUUAGUGCUUUUUAGUAUGGUGGCAAUACAAGGGUCGUACAGCUCUGCUCAUUCAUAUUUUGCCAUGGUCAGACCUAAAACAGAGUUAUCAAAGUCGACGAAAAGUUACACUGUUGGUUUACUUUGGAAUAGCUGGACUGGUCGUCAUUAUGUCAGUAUUUGCAUUUAUUGGGAACAUGUUAUAUCCGGAUAACCCGGUAAUUGACAGAGCUGCUGUUACUGUAAGUGUAAGAUCAUAAUAACCUUAUUGUUCAUAACGUCUUAUUUAUUAUACAUUUUAAUUACAUUUUAGCCAGUUCUUUACUUAAAUUCACUUAUAUUUUAGCCAUUUCCUAAUUUUUUGCGAUUUGUCAGUUAUUUUAUUGUCAAUUAUGCUUAUACCGUUUGGGGCGCAGUACUAACGUUGUACUGUUUGGUACUGGUGGUUAUUCAUGAAGAGAUCAGAAGUUUGAACACUAGCAUUCAAGAGGUAUACUUUUGAUUUUUACUUUUUGAUUAUUGGUUAUUAAAGUCAAGAAAAUACUAUUUCAAUAUAUAAUUUUAACUUUAAGGCAGGUCAAUCACCAGACCACUUGAAGUUGGUCGAUGAACUGCUUAUCCUACAUGACCGACAUGCCAAUAUUUGUUACGUUCUACAAGAAGCUGAUGCCACCUUUCAAGUUUACAACUUUUCCAUGCUUACUGCCAACAUACCAACAGCUAUAUUUACUAUACUAUCUUGUUAUCAUGCCUUUGCAUCGUCUGACAAGUUCAAUAUCUCCAUGUGUUUGAUGGAAGCCAUCUUUUGUGUCGUCGAAACUCUUGGAUUGACUACCAUGCCUAGCAAAAUUAAUACUGCGGUAAGACUUAUCAUCUUUAUAUUGAGUUAUACGAUACAUAAGGUGUAGCAUACUAGAUCUGUAAAGAGAUCGGGCCGAAGUAGUAGCUUAAUGGGCCACCUUUUAAGUCUGACCAUAAUUUUUAAUUUUAGGUACAUUUCUAUAAUAUUGAACAUGUUUUUACUGUUUUAGCUCCAAAACACAGAAAAGGCCAUUUACAACAACAGAAAGUUGUGGAAACCCUACCAAGCUGAUGUCUACAACCUUCUACAAUCGUUUAUUACUCAAAACAAACAACCUGGGUUAGGAAUGUCAGCCUGGGGAUUUGCUAUAGUCAGCAAGUCCUUAAUAUUAACAACAGUUUCAUUAGUGGUUACUUAUCUAACACUACUUAUACAGCUGAGCGAUUCUCCUGGAGAAGCUGGAGAACUGUUCAAACGAUUUCUUAAUAGUACUAAUCACGCAAAUAGUACUGUAGAUUAA